AUGGAGUGCCUUGGGCUUGGAGGAGCUCGGAAUCUUGCCGCAAUGACGGUGUCGUUUUUCCCUCUUCGGAGGUCUCCGGGAAUUACGGUUUACAGAAAGCAAGCCUCUUUUCGCCGCUUCCGUUUGUACCGGCAUUUCGUGCGAGUGAAGGCGGCGGCCCGCACCGGGAGCGAGAGUUGCGUGGCUGUGGAUUUCGAGGCCGACGAGGAAGAUUAUGUAAAGGCUGGUGGGUCUGAGGUUCUCUUUGUCCAAAUGCAGCAGAACAAGCCGAUGGAAAUGCAGUCUAAACUCUCCGAUAAGCUACCAGCUAUAUCAGUAGCGGAGAAUGUACUGGAUUUGGUGGUGAUCGGUUGUGGUCCAGCUGGGCUUGCUCUGGCUGCGGAGUCAGCCAAGUUAGGGCUCAAAGUUGGACUUAUUGGUCCAGAUCUCCCUUUUACAAAUAAUUACGGCGUGUGGGAGGAUGAAUUUAAAGAUCUUGGACUUGAAGGCUGUAUUGAGCAUGUUUGGCAGGAUACCAUCGUAUAUCUUGAUGACCAUGAUCCCGUUCUGAUUGGUCGUGCCUAUGGACGUGUAAGUCGACAUUUGCUCCAUGAGGAGUUGUUAAGAAGGUGUGUCGAGUCAGGUGUUUCAUAUCUUAGUUCCAAAGUGGAAAGAAUUGUUGAAGCUACUAAUGGCCACAGUCUUGUAGCCUGUGAACACAAUAUUAUUGUUCACUGCAGGCUUGCUACUGUUGCGUCAGGAGCAGCUUCAGGAAAGUUGUUGCAGUAUGAGGUGGGUGGUCCAAAGGUGUCUGUCCAAACGGCUUAUGGUGUGGAGGUUGAGGUGGAAAACAAUCCAUAUGAUCCCAGCCUGAUGGUUUUCAUGGACUACAGGGACUACAUGAAACAAAAGGUUCCAUGUUUAGAAGCAGAAUAUCCAACAUUCUUAUAUGCCAUGCCCAUGUCACCAACAAGAGUAUUCUUUGAGGAAACUUGUCUGGCUUCAAAAAAUGCCAUGCCUUUUGGUUUGUUGAAGGAAAAACUCUGGUCAAGGUUACAGACAAUGGGGAUCCGAAUCACAAAAACUUAUGAAGAGGAAUGGUCCUAUAUCCCAGUUGGUGGAUCUUUACCAAAUACAGAGCAGAAGAACCUUGCGUUUGGUGCUGCUGCCAGCAUGGUGCAUCCAGCCACGGGCUAUUCAGUUGUGAGAUCUUUGUCAGAAGCUCCAAAAUAUGCUUCUGUAAUUGCAAACAUUUUGAAACAGAGCUAUUCCAAGGAUGCUCUUACUUAUGAACAGCUUAAUGCAAAUAUCUCAAUGCAAGCAUGGAACUCCCUCUGGCCACAAGAAAGAAAACGCCAGAGGGCAUUCUUUCUCUUUGGACUAGCACUGAUUCUUCAACUGGAUAUCGAGGGCAUUAGGACAUUCUUUCGUACUUUCUUUCGGUUACCCAAUUGGAUGUGGCAGGGAUUUCUUGGCUCGACUCUCUCUUCGGCAGACCUUGUAUUGUUUGCCUUCUAUAUGUUUGUGAUAGCACCAAACGAUUUGAGAAAGUGCCUUAUUAGACAUCUUCUUUCUGAUCCCACUGGAGCAAUCAUGAUAAGAACAUAUCUUACAAUAUAGUCUGUAUCCUUGUGAUUUUUGCCCUUGCUAGAUUCUAUCAAAAGAAUAUUAUUUAGACAACACUAGGACCCCCAACCACUUUUUGACUACUGUUAGGUACUUGUAUAUACAUAUAUAGAUGUGUGUCUAUCCUAUCUUAUCUCCUCUAGUCUGGGCAUGAUGACAUACUUGUUUGUAAUUUUGCACCCAAAUCUCAAGCUGCACAUAUAUAGACUUGGUAUUUUUGGAAGCAGAAUUGAGAAGGUCAUACGUUGAUA